AGAGCUGCCUUUAACUAAUAAAUCUCAGGGCCUGAACCAGUUAGCUUCUUCUCCACUAACCUCCUCCUGCUCUCUCUCUCUCUCUCUGUGUGUGGCCUUUUAUGCCAUGGCCCAUGGGGGGGUCACUCCAGACCCAAGGGUACAACAAACCAACCACCAACCGUCCAAGGAACCUUCUUUUUCUCUCCCCUCCAAUACCAUGCCCAUCUUUCUCUUUUUGGUAUCCGAUUUCUUCUUCUUCUUUUUCUGCAACUUUCUCGUUUCUGGCUCUUCUGCUUCUGCUUCUUCAUCAUCAUUUUGCCUUCACCACUUUCCUGUUCUGCAAGCUGGCCGCCAAUUCCAGCAGAUGACCCACAAGUUUUGGGAGUUCGAGGAGCAAUCCAGCAGCUGGGUCGAAGUCCAGCUUCCUUUCGAUCUUGUUUCCUGCGUUGCCGACGACUGUACCAAAGUUGGUUCUAUCGAGCCCUUGGAGAAGAAGAAGGCCAAAGAAAGAGGAUUUCAUCUCUCCCAACAGAGGAGAAAGAGGUUUUCUCUGAUCAAGAUAUCUGAUACUUCUGUCUGGGUAACUGGGGCAAGCGGCUCCAUCUACGAGAGGUUCUGGAAUGGAGUUCAGUGGGUGAUUGCGCCCCAUGAUUUGCCGGCGUCGGCUGCCCCUGCAAACUCUGUUUUUCUCGUCAAUCACACGAUUCUGGCUCUAUCAGAAGCCGGCUAUCUAUAUCAGAUGCAGCUGAGCGAGAAUUUGCAGCCAAUUUGGGUUGAAUUCGCAGUCAACCAGGGGACAAGUAAAAGAGUGGAACAAAAUUCUGAUAUCCAGUUGAAGUCUGGAGUUGUUUCAAAUGAUGGGGUGAGAGUUUAUUUCUGCACAAAUAAUGGGUCACUGUUAGAACUUAGUGGGAUUGAGCCUCCGAGGUGGGUAAAUCAUGGCCGACCUCGAGGUGCAGAUGUUGCAGCAAUAGCUGAUGCUGCUACAGAUAGAACAGAAGUGGUCUUUGUCAUUAGUUCAAUAGGAGAUCUUUACGAAUAUGACAGAAGCUCAAAGCCAUCAUGGAAGAAGCACAUAUGGAGGGAAGGAACAGCGGAGGAUACUUCUCUGCUACCAUCAAGAGGAUGCGUUCUAUAUGGACUUACUGGACCCCAUUCUGUAUCCCUAUUUGUUUUGACUAAGGGUGGUAAUUUGGCUGAGAGACAACUGCACCAAAGGAAGUGGAAAUGGAUAGUCCAUAGAAGUCCAGAAGAUAAUUUCUUUUCUUCCAUCACCCAAGUUUUGCAAGAUGAAUUAAAUGAAAAAACAUACUCCUUGUUUCUCACUUCAGCUUCUGGAACUGUUUCAGAGUAUAGAGUACCAAAAUAUUCAGGAUUUGCUCAAGACGAUCAAAUCUCAGAGAAUUGGGUGAAUCAUAUGCAUCCCCCACAUGCAAAGGUGGAAAUAGGUGUUUCAGGGCUCCCACUUCAAAUUGGAAGAAUAAUUUUCGCCCUGGAUGAUGGUAGACUUGCAGAAUUGCAUCUUUCAGGCCUUGGUGGAGAAAAUAUUGGACCAACUUACCAGGUUAAUGUUCGAAGAAAAGCAUCACUCAAGUAUAUAUGGUCAAUAUUAGAUUCUCCAGAGACUGAAGGAUGGAAUGCAGAGUAUUGCACUGAAGAACCUGGCCCAUUGAACUGCAUCAGAGGCAUAAAAGACGAGCCUAGUUAUAAGGAUAAUGCAGGAUCAAUGGCAAGAGUCCGAAAGAGUACCAAACCACAACAAAAUUACUUAUCUCCAGCCUCAUCAGGUAGUGAUUCAAUUAUAUCCCCAGAUGGCUAUAAUAUGCCAGACAAUUGGAUUAACAUGAACUACCGCCUGAGGAGGAUGCAAGGAGGUGGGUCAUUUUUCUUCGUUACUGAUAGCGGAUUGUCUCUCGAGUAUCUUAAUGUGGAAAAUGCGUGGCUAUGGCUGAGGCAUGAACAUUCAGUGCCAAUGAGAGGUGCAGUGGGAGACUACAAUGGAAGUUUAUUUUUUGUUGAUGAGCAAGGCAGCCUACUCAUCAGAGAAAGAAGCAGCAACAAACUAGCUUGGAUAAAUUGCACUGCUAUGAGGAGAGGAAGGCAGAUUAUUGGAGGUCCACCAUGGCAUAGAUCACAUGGAAAUGCUAUAAAAGUGACGGCAGAAGAUGCACUGUUCUUUGUGAGCAAAACUGGAAGACUCCUGCAGCUUACAGUUGCUUUGAAGAAGUUCAAAUGGAAAGACUGCCGAAAUCCUCCAAACAUCAAAGUUGCAGCUAUAGUGGAUCAGGAAGUUUUCAGGGAAAACAUAGUGUUCGUUCUAGGAAGGAACGGUCUGCUAUUUCAGUAUAACAAAGUGACUGAAAAAUGGCACGAGCACAGCAAAUCCCCGCACUUGGUUCUGGGAAGAUUGCCUGGAACAGCCAUGAGGUCGCCGUCAUCGUCAUCACUAACAGGCUCUCUUUUCAUGCUCUCUGAGGAUGGUGGGCUGGUUGAAUAUCACUGGAACACAAUGGACGGUUGGAAUUGGGUGGAACAUGGAACACCACACAAAAGUGUGACCUUGGUUGGUUCACCAGGACCGUGUUUUCAGGGUAAUCAACUUUUUCUGAUUGGUUCAGAUGGUAAUGUGUAUCUACGAUACUUGGAUAAGACAACAUGGAAGUGGAAAAACUGUGGUUUUCCACAGAUGGAAAACAACCUUCUUGAAGAGGAAAGAGAAGUUGAGAGAAAACUUGGAGAGGCUGAAACUUGUGUUGGUGAAGAUGUUGCAGAUACCUUGGAGGAAAUUAAAGAGAGCCUCAACCAAAACUGCGACUCAAAGGUUUCACCAAUUCGGCCAACUCCUUUUCUAGAAGAUUCGGUGAUUUUUGAGCUUAGAGAUGGCAGAUUGGCAGAAAUGCAACGAACAGAGAAGGCAGGCUGGCAAUGGUCGCGAACCAUUGGUACCCCGACAAGCUUGUGCGUGGCUCAUUUUUGGACUGGUUUGGCAUCUUGAAACAGAAUGUAAACUUGCAGUAGAGGGCAUAAGUUAGAAGCAAAUGGUUACUACUUACUAAAUAUGCACAGUUUAUGAAAGAAAUAUUUUAGUUGUUGCUGAAUUUUUAUAGAGACAAAGCAUAAAAAAUGUCUUAAGAAGGAACAAUGAGAAUGCGAAAGUGAAAAAGUUGUGCACUACUUCGUUCAAUACAUCUUCCUUAAAUACAAAA